AGCUCUGUCUCCAGGAUUUGCGUGAAGGCCGCCCCCAACGCUGCACUCGCCCCGCCGGGGGCCACUGAAGACCAUGACUAAGACAGAUCCUGCCCCUAUGGCCCCACCGCCCCGUGGGGAGGAGGAAGAAGAGGAAGAGGAGGAGAACAUCCCAGAGGCACCCAGCCCCACCCAGGAGCGCCGGCAGAAGCCUGUGGUGCACCCCUCUGCUCCUGCCCCGCUCCCCAAGGACUACGCCUUCACCUUCUUCGACCCCAAUGACCCGGCGUGCCAGGAGAUUCUGUUUGACCCCCAGACCACCAUCCCUGAGCUGUUUGCUAUCGUGCGCCAGUGGGUUCCCCAAGUCCAGCACAAGAUCGAUGUCAUUGGAAAUGAGAUUCUGCGUCGAGGAUGUCAUGUGAAUGAUCGCGAUGGGCUGACCGAUAUGACACUACUUCAUUACGCAUGCAAGGCUGGGGCCCAUGGAGUCGGGGACCCUGCGGCAGCAGUACGCCUGUCGCAGCAGCUGCUGGCACUGGGGGCCGAUGUGACCCUGCGCAGCCGCUGGACCAACAUGAACGCCCUGCACUAUGCCGCCUAUUUUGACGUACCUGACCUUGUGCGAGUGCUGCUCAAGGGAGCCAGGCCCCGAGUGGUGAACUCCACAUGCAGUGACUUCAACCACGGCUCCGCCCUGCACAUCGCUGCCUCCAGCCUGUGCCUGGGUGCUGCCAAGUGUCUGCUGGAGCACGGUGCCAACCCCACGCUUCGGAACCGAAAAGGACAGGUGCCAGCGGAGGUGGUUCCUGACCCUAUGGACAUGUCCCUGGAUAAGGCGGAGGCAGCGUUGGUGGCCAAGGAACUACGGACACUGCUGGAGGAGGCAGUGCCACUUUCUUGUGCCCUCCCCAAGGUUACACUGCCCAACUAUGACAACGUCCCGGGCAACCUCAUGCUAAGCGCGCUGGGCCUGCGCCUGGGAGACCGUGUGCUGCUCGAUGGUCAGAAGACGGGCACACUGCGGUUCUGCGGGACCACGGAGUUCGCCAGUGGCCAGUGGGUGGGUGUGGAGCUGGAUGAACCCGAGGGCAAGAACGAUGGCAGUGUUGGGGGUGUCCGGUACUUCAUCUGUCCCCCCAAGCAGGGUCUCUUUGCCUCCGUGUCCAAGAUCUCCAAGGCAGUGGACGCACCCCCCUCGUCUGUCACUUCCACACCUCGGACCCCCAGGAUGGACUUUUCCCGCGUCACUGGUAAAGGCCGUAGGGAGCACAGAGGAAAGAAGAAGUCCCCAUCAUCUCCGUCUCUGGGCAGCCUGCAGCACCGAGACGGGGCCAAGGCCGAGGUUGGAGACCAAGUGCUUGUGGCGGGACAGAAGCAGGGGAUUGUGCGCUUUUAUGGGAAGACGGACUUCGCCCCAGGUUACUGGUAUGGCAUUGAGCUGGACCAGCCCACCGGCAAGCACGAUGGCUCGGUCUUCGGCGUCCGGUACUUCACCUGCCCUCCAAAGCAUGGGGUCUUUGCACCAGCAUCCCGCAUUCAGAGAAUUGGUGGAUCCACUGACCCUCCUGGGGACAGCAGCAUAGCCAAAAAAGUACAUCAAGUAACAAUGAUGCAGCCCAAACGUACCUUCACCACAGUCCGUACCCCAAAGGACAUCACGUCAGAGAACUCCAUCUCCAGGUUGCUCUUCUGUUGCUGGUUUCCCUGGAUGCUGAGGGCGGAGAUGCAGUCCUAGAGACCCUAUAUACUUGACAAAGAGACAACAAUCCCCCUCUAGAGUCUCCUGAGACAAGGAGCCCCCAAGUCACCCUGAGAUAGAGAUCCCCAGUAACAUCCAGAAUAGAGACCCCAUUAGCCAACCCUCAAUCACUGAGGUCCCAUUAUUAACAGAUUCCCUCAUGAAUAACUUCCCAAAUACAGAACCCCCCCCAUGUCACCCAGAAAGAGAUUCCCCAAGUAUAGCACCUUCAGGCUAAUCCCUAUCCCCAACUCCUUACAGCAGACUCACCCAUUAACAGUUUCUAUAUUACCACAAAUGACUGUGACCCUCUCCACAUGGUACAACAGAGCUUUACUUAAUCAAUCAUCACUGGACAGAAAUCUUCCCUUUAACAAAGACCUCCCCAAGUCUGCUUGACAUAAACACAGGUCAUGCCUCCAA